GCUGAUCCUGUCUAAUCAACUGUAGACAUUUAAUGUGUUACACCAAUCGCGACAAGGUUGAUAGGCGGGGAUUGAACUGUCAUCUUCUAGUAGGUUCGAGAAGACGCGUGGAGAGAGGCCGGAGCCAGAGAGUAAUCAUGGAGACGGCUAAUGAUCUGAAAGAAAAGGGCAACAAGGCUUUGUCUGCGGGUGAUCUGGACGAGGCUGUGAAGUGUUACACAGAGGCCAUUAAACUAGACCCCAAAAACCAUGUUCUCUACAGUAACCGCUCUGCAGCAUACGCUAAGAAGAGGGACUACCACAAAGCACUUGAAGACGGCUGCAAAACGGUAGAACUAAAACCGGACUGGGGCAAAGGUUACUCCCGAAAAGCAGCAGCUCUGGAAUUUCUGAAUCGUUUUGAAGAAGCCAAGAAAACCUAUGAAGAGGGGUUAAAACAUGAACCAACAAAUGCACAAUUGAAAGAGGGUCUGCAGAAUAUGGAAGCCAGAUUAGCAGAUAGGAAGUUAAUGAACCCCUUUAACUCCCCGAACCUGUUCCAGAAACUGGAGUCUGACCCUCGCACUCGAGCACUGCUGAAUGAUCCCAGUUACAAGGAACUUAUCGAGCAGCUUCGGAACAAACCAUCUGAUCUUGGCACGAAAUUGCAAGACCCUCGAGUGAUGGCUACUCUUAGUGUUCUUCUGGGUGUAGAUCUUGGCACUGUUGAUGAUGAGGAGGAAGAGCCCCCAGCACCACCUCCCCCACAAUUCAAAAAAGAGACCAAACCUGAACCAAUGGAGGAAGACCUGCCGGAGAAUAAAAAACAGGCCCUGAAAGAGAAAGAGCUGGGGAAUGAAGCCUACAAGAAAAAAGAUUUUGAAACGGCCCUGAAACAUUAUGGUCAGGCUCGGGAGCUGGAUCCAACAAACAUGACUUAUAUCACUAAUGAGGCUGCGGUAUACUUCGAGAAGGCAGAUUACCCCAAGUGCAGAGAGUUGUGUGAUCUGGCCAUUGAAGUAGGGAGAGAGAAUCGUGAAGACUACAGACUAAUAGCCAAAGCGUAUGCCCGUGUUGGAAACUCUUACUUGAAGGAGGAGAAGUACAAGGAGGCAAUUCAGUUCUACAACAAAUCAUUAGCGGAGCACAGGACCCCUGAGGUGCUAAAGAAAUGCCAACAGGCAGAAAAAAUCUUAAAGGAACAGGAACGCAUUGCAUACAUUAACCCAGAAUUAGCGCUAGAAGAGAAAAGCAAAGGAAACGAAUACUUCCAAAAAGUUAAAGGCUACACUCGCAAGGCAGCAGCACUGGAAGCCAUGAAGGAUUACACUAAAGCUAUGGACGUCUAUCAAAAAGCAUUAGAUUUAGAGUCCAGCUGCAAGGAAGCGUCCGAAGGCUAUCAGCGCUGUAUGAUGGCGCAAUAUCAUCGUAAUGACAGUCCAGAAGAUGUUAAGCGCAGGGCGAUGGGAGAUCCCGAGGUUCAACAGAUAAUGAGUGAUCCGGCCAUGAGGCUCAUCCUGGAACAGAUGCAGAAAGACCCACAGGCACUGAGCGAACAUUUAAAGAAUCCAGUUAUAGCCCAGAAAAUCCAGAAGCUGAUGGAUAUUGGUUUAAUUGCCAUCCGGUGAUGACUCCCUUGCCCUCUUCUUCUCUCGUUGCUUCUCCUCCUCCCUUCGCAUUCCCCUUUACCGCCCACCCAUGUUUCAGAGGCGGUUAAAGGAAAGGGAUUUCUUGGGAAAGUCUCUUGUGUGGAUAAAAAGAUUGGGAGAGGGUUACAUGGUUCUAACUCUCUCCUUUCAUAUGUUCAUUCAGUUCUUAUCUCUUGUAAAAGUUUCUCAGCCUGUAAUGUUAAUAAAAAGCACGACACACCAUGGUACUGUAUCUGUGCCACAUUUCUUUGUGAGUAACUGGCACAUGGCCCUCUAUGUAGACAUAAAUAAAACUCCUGUUUAUUAU